AGCCUCACAACCUUCUUUAUUUUUUUUUCUUCCUGCACGGCUGUGUACCAAUAGGGCGCGACCAGCGCAUGCGAUGAACUGUCAGGAGCUCCAGGAGGAGCUGACGGUCCAGGAGGUGAUUCUGGACUCGCUGCAGGGCGAGACGUUUGAGGGUGUGGAACAGGACCGCGAUGAGGCUCGGGCGGAGAUUUCGAGGCUUAAGAGGGCGUUGAAGGCCCUUUCCAAGGCGAAAAAAGAUGAGGAAGAUGGCCGAAGCGUAACACCGCAGCGGAGGAUGGGCCCAGAUGUUCCAGCAACGCCAGUCCAUAACCGGGUAACACCAGCCACUGCUGGUCCCUCGAGGCCGCACUACAGCGCAGCCGCUAUGGAGACUCCACACAGGCCGUUGACUGCUGCAGAUGGAGUGAGUCCAGCCUCGCUGUCGCUGAGGAAUCGAAAGCGGGACUUUGAGUCAACCCAUUUGGAUGCUGGCCGUGAGUCGAGUAAGUCUCGACGGACGACCCCAAUACCUUUUGGAGUCCGCCCAAGAGCUGUUGCCCCUCCUUCACUAUCAGACGAAGAAGUCGAGAUUAUUGACCUGACUGGAGCUGAUGUGGAAUCCGAUGCGACGUACAUUGCAGAACAGAUUCGACAAGCAGAUAGACACGAGCAGGAGAAAGCAGAUAGAGAGAUGGCCAUUUUUCUUUCAAGCCAAGACUCACAACCCUCCUACCCUCGUGCUUCUGGGCCACCUAGAAGCUCUGACCCCGAGCAGCCUUCAGCCUUUGACAGGAUAAUGGCCACACAGCGCUCUAAUGCCCAUCAAGCUCCCUUAGAAAUCCUCUCUGACGAUGAGUUAAGGCCAUCAAAUCCUCGAAUCGAGUCUAAUGGAUCCCAUUCAGCAUCAUGGAACUCUAUCGUGGCCGGAACUGCUCCAGGCUCAAGUUUUGAUAAUCCAUACAGCCUUUUGUCAGGAUUCGGAGACCCGCAGCAACUGCAGGUGGAAUAUCCCCUCGGAGCUCCCAAUGCUAAUAGCUUUGUGCCCGGAUCAUAUGCAGCCAUGACUCAACCUUUUGCAGCCGCAUCUCCUUAUAGCAACGGCCAUAUGCAGCAUAGAUUAAAUGGACAAAUGCCAGGAACGUUUCCUGGCAUGGCCAGAGCACCGACUCUUGCGAGCAAUGCUAGCCGAACACCUUUGUCGGAUAUCAUCAAUAGAACUGGCAUGUUUGAUUAUAUUAACGGACUAGAUGAGCUCGGAAAUCCGUUGCCUAGCCGCAUAAUGGACUACAUCAACGACUCAUUACAUGAUCCCAAGGUUACAGAACAGGAGUUGGAUGAUUUGCUGAAGAAUAUCCGCCCUGACAUGGAUAUCCCAGAAGGCAAUCGCGAUGGAACACCAGAGGGUCUUAAGAAUUCCCUCUACCCUCACCAAAUUGUCGCAUUGACAUGGAUGAAGAAGAUGGAGGAGGGAACCAACAAGGGUGGCAUUCUGGCCGACGAUAUGGGUCUUGGUAAGACUAUAUCAACAUUGGCCCUUAUGCUGUCCCGCCCAGCAAAGUCCCGCCCUAAGACCAACUUGAUUAUUGGCCCGCUGGCCUUGAUUCGACAAUGGGAAGAAGAAAUCUACAAAAAGACGAGAGCAUCACAUCGACUAUCUGUGUUUGUGUAUCAUAACAAAAAGGCGACGACCGAUGAUCUCCUCAAAUUCGACGUUGUGUUGACGACGUAUGGCACAAUAGCUCAAGAGCUAAAGCGCCUGGAUAAAUUCAUGGAAGAAAACUCGAGCCGCAACAUCGAUUUUAACGAUCGAGCUAUUGCAACCAAGUUUCCACUUUUGAACCCGAGAAAGUCCAUUUUCUACCGAGUUAUUCUCGAUGAGGCGCAAUGCAUUAAAAACCAGCAUACCAAGACUGCCAAGGCGUGUCACAAGUUGAGAGCGACACAUCGAUGGUGCCUUACUGGAACUCCUAUGAUGAACGGAGUUGGUGAGCUCUUUUCCCUGCUAUGCUUCCUCCGCAUAAAGCCAUACUGUGUGUGGGAACAGUUCCGCCAGAGCUUUGGUGUGCUCUUUGGGAAAAACGGUGAUCCCAAGAGUGUUGCCAUGAAUAGACUUCGUGCUCUCCUCAAGGCUAUUAUGCUUCGUCGUAAAAAGGACUCCCAGUUGGAUGGAAAGCCUAUUCUCCGGCUGCCACACAAACACGAAGAAGUCUUGUAUGCCGAGCUGUCCAAAGAUGAGCGCGAUUUCUACAACCAACUUGAGAAGAAAUCUCAGGUACAAUUCAGCAAGUAUCUGCGCGAUGGUAGCGUGGGCAAGAACUACUCGAGCAUCCUUGUUCUACUGCUUCGACUACGACAAGCAUGCUGCCAUCCCCAUCUCAACCUGGACGUGGAUGACACUGCACCAAUCUCUAGUGAGGACAUGCUUGAGCUAGUCAAGAGCCUAGAUGCAAAUAUUGUGGCAAGGAUCAAAGAGUCUGACGCAUUUGAGUGUCCCAUAUGUUACGAUGCUGUUCAGUCUCCUAUGUUUUAUAUCCCUUGCGGACAUGAUUCUUGUCAACAGUGUCUGACUCAACUGGUUGACAGCGCAGCUGCGGCGAAUCUCCAAGAGGGCAAUGAAAGUGACAAGGCUAAGUGCCCUGUUUGCCGUGGACUCUUCGAUCCUAGAAAGUGUUUCACCUAUGAUGCAUUUCAAAAAGUGCAUAUGCCCGAAUGUGUCCAACCAUCGGCUGCUGAAGAAGACGACACUGACAGCUCAGACGCUGACGAAGAUGGCUCCGACGACGACGACGACGAUGAUGAGGUAGAUCGUUAUGGCGAUUUGAAAGAUUUCAUUGUGCAUGAUGAACCCGAGUAUGAUGUAAAAUCAGAAGAUCAAGAGGGAAUCAAAAAGGAAAAGAAGAAGAAGAGGAAGGGCAAGAAGAAGCAAGCCGAAAUUAAGCCCUCUAUGUUGAAGACUCUUCGUCACGAAGCAUCCAAAAACAGACAGGCGUUCAAGAGGUACAUGAGCUACCUGAGGAAGACUUGGCUACCCGCUGCCAAAGUGUCGGAGUGCAUGAACCUUUUAAAACAGAUUUACGAAACCGGAGAAAAGACAAUUGUGUUUUCUCAGUGGACUCUCUUGCUGGAUUUACUGGAGGUGGCUAUGUGGCACGACAAUUAUCCAGGCAAACUGAGACGAUACGAUGGAAGCAUGAGUUCAGAGCAGCGAUUUGAUGCAGCAAAGGACUUCCGUGAUAAGAACGACGUCAAGGUCAUGCUGGUGUCUCUUCGCGCGGGAAAUGCUGGACUCAAUCUCACCGCAGCAUCUCGCGUCGUUAUCAUGGAUCCCUUUUGGAAUCCAUACAUUGAGAUGCAGGCUGUUGAUCGCGCAUACCGCAUCGGCCAAAAGAAGGAGGUGAAGGUAUACCGCAUCCUAACCAGUGAGACUGUCGAAGAUCGAAUUGUCGAGCUCCAGAAUCGGAAGAAGGAGAUGGUGGAGGCGGCCCUCGAUGAAGCCGAAAGCAUGAAGAUUGGACGUCUCAAUGUGAAUGAACUGAAAUUUCUUUUCAACGGCCGCUAGAGUGCUCUCAAGAUGCAUUUGCGAGCUUUAUAACAGAUUUUUUUUCUUUCUUUCUGUGGUUUGUUCUGUUUUCUUUCUUUUCUUUCUCUACUAACACUUUUCCCUUCUUGGGGAAAUUUGAGAGAUUUGAGAAGUGUUUUGCUUUUAAGAUGUGUUUUAUAUUCCUAUUUUGCGAUUGCUCGCAAAGAUUUGAUGGUUUACCCAAAAACCUUUCCAGCGCACAAGACGCUGCUCUGGCAAUAGCGGAAGGGUCAAGGAUCGUAUAGGUUUGCAAGGGUCGAGAAAGGCUGACACUUGACAUGUUUAAUGAAAUUGAUGAUAGAUAUGACGAUAGUUUACGCACACGCUAAGAUAUUUCUUUUUAAGUAGAAAUACUAGAAAUUCAUUAUAUGACAUGCA